UUGCGGGUUAUCCGGUACACCCCUUUGUACAGGGACAGGUCGCCAUUAAUAUUUCGCCGGAAGAAAAAAUGGAUAUUCAGGCUUUACUUUCGGGGGAAGAUGACACAUUAGAAGUAAUGUGUGACAGAGACGGUGAACGGAGAAAAGAAAGAGAACCAAGUCAGGAAGAAAACAAAACAGGAUCUGACACUGAGGAUAAGGAUGAGCCCACAAUGACAGAGCUCAGAUUAGUUUUGAUUGGCAAAACUGGGUCAGGGAAGAGUUCUUCUGGCAACACCAUCCUCGGUCAAAAGCACUUCCUGUCAAAACUCAGUGCCAGCUCCGUGACCCAGACUUGUGAGCAAGGCAUCCUAGAAUAUGGUGAAGGAGAAGAGAAGGAAAGCGGAGGUGUGAGGCAGCGGAGGAAGAGGGUUGUAGUGGUGGACAUGCCAGGGUUUGGAGACACCCGUUUUGAUGCGGAGCAUAUCCGGACUGAAAUUGCCAAGUGUGUGGUGCAGAUGGCUCCAGGACCCCAUGCAUUCCUCGUAGUGAUCCAGCUGGGCCGAUACACAGAAGAUGAGGCAAGGGCAGUGAAAGAGGUGGAGCAGACUUUUGGGGAGCAGGCAAUACUCAAUCACAGCGUGAUUGUGUUCACAAGGGGAGAUGACCUGGAGGAGAUGGACAUUGAGGAAUACCUGAGAGAUACUGCCCCAGAGGAUCUCAAGUCACUUCUAGAGAGAUGUGGGCGCAGAUACCAUGUCCUCAACAACAGGAAACCUGAAGACAGAGAGCAAGUGUGGGGCUUGUUGGAGAAGGUGAAGCGGAUGGUGGAGGUUAACGGAGGAGGGUGCUACACUAAAAACAUCUUUCGGGAAGCCGAAACAGUUAUCAGGGAGGAGCAGGAAAGGCUAAUGAAUGAGCAAGAGGCAGCAAAGUCUAUGGAGGGGCUGUUCAUGGAUGGGGCCAAGAGGAGGAAGUAUGACCUUAAAGCCGUGACUCCAGAUAGUGAAGAGGAAAGGCAGGGGCAGUGGAAGAGGAGGAAAGGGGUUAAAAGCCAGAUGGUAUCUCCAGACUCUUCUGUAUGGAGGUUCAGGAAGGAGGCCAUCCAUUCAGCUAAGGUCCUGGAUAAAAUCAAGAUCUUGGUGGCAGCUGCUGCCACAGGAGUGCUCGUGGGCGCUGUGUGCGGGGCCGCAGUUCCCCUAGCCGUGGCUACGGGUGCCGCUUUGGUCGGGCAGGUGGUGGGCAUGGGGGGUGCAGUUGGAACAGUGGUAGCUGCUACAUCAGGCACUGCUGUCAUGGCUGUGGGGUCAGCGAUGGGGGUGGUUUUCGGGGGGUCGGUGGGUGCUCUGGUGGGAGCUGAUGCUGAAACUCCACUGGAUGCCUCCGUAGAGGCACUGAGGCAGGUCGGAGUGAUGGGAGCUACGGCGGUGGGAGUAGCGGCUGGUGUGGGUGUGGUUCUAGGAGCAGGGGCAGCCCUGGGGGCAUGUGGCACAGCUGUAAGCUCCACAGCACCUGUGGCGGCAGAGGGCGUGCAUGCUGUGGGACUGGCUAACUCCGCUGUUGCGCAGGCUGUUGGCUCAGUAGAAAUGACAGGACCACUAAUGGUGGCAGAAGAGGCUCAGGCAGUAGCAGUGGUGGGGCCGAUGGGAGCCAACAUGGCGGAGGCUGGUGGGAGGGUGGCAACUGGCUUCGAUCGAAUCAUAUCUGCAGCUACAGAGAUCGGAAAGGUGGCUGCAGGGAUCGCUAUGGCCGGGGGGCUGGUGGUGAAGGUUGUUAAGGAGAAGGUCAGGCAGAGGACUGGUCCCUCAGAAUCUAGUACCGUUGAGAAGACGUCUUGGGAGUUCUCCUGGGACAAAAAAUAAAGAUUCUGGACCAGAAACUUACUAUUGGUUUGGGUGUCAUCAUUAGUUGUAUGAUUCAGAGUUUCUUUUAUAAAGACUUAUGAAUGCUGCAUUUUAUGAGAUAUCUAAAAUGGUGCAGUUCAAGCAUGAUAGCCACGUCAUUAAUAUAUAAUUAUCAUAAGAAUCAUAAUUUGUGUGAUUGCAAAUUUUAGCCACUUUUCUUGAUUGAACCACAAGAAUACGGUUUUAAAUUAAAUAUAUGAAGAUUUUUUUACUAUAUUAUAUUGGAGUCUAAUUUUGGGAAAUGCUUUGUUGUGUUUUAUGCAAUAAACAAUUUAUGCUUUUCUGAUUACAUCUUUAGUAAAACAAUUUUUUGAGUACAACUUGAGCUUUUUAAAAGAAACUGAGCAAAACAAUUUUUCUGAUAAUAAAACAAUCUAUUCUGAUAAUAUUCACUAUUUUAUGAAGCUAUCGUGCUGUAAAUAUGGUUUUAUGUAUGCAUAAAUUAAUGUGUGGUAAUUUGUGUAUUAUGAACAAACAAAUAAACAUUUGUUAAUAUA